UGUCGUCCUAAAAGCUUCAUUUAGCAUUGGAAAAAUUGGUAAAAAUAAUUCCAAUUUUUGCCCGUUCGCUCAAAAUAAUCCCAAGAACUUUGGUGGUCAUUCUCUUAAAAUGGUCCCAAGUGACCGGUAACCUGUUGAUUAUAAAAAAAAAGUGACUGGUAACCUGUUAAAGAGGUAUUUCUUUUUUGGAUUUAAAUGACACGUGUCACCAUAUGAUUUGUUGAAAUAUUAAAAUAAAUAUAAAAAAGGAAAACUUAAAAAAAAAAAAACCAGCCCCACCCACGCAACCCCAACUACCACCCACGUUUUUGGCAUUCCUCCCACCCAGCCUAGCCAGCCUAGUCCCCCCACCCCCACCCGACGCCGCACCCAAAUUCCCUUCCCCAUGCUGCCGAGGACGCCCUCUCCCCUACCUCCGAUUGUCCCUAAACCACCACCGCAAAACCCCCGUCCCGAUAUCUCAUUAAAAACCCCCUCCCCCACCGUAUAAACCCCAGCUGCCACUCCCCCACCCUUGAAACUCCUAGUCGUUAGGGUUCCGAGGGUCGGGGAGCAGCGACUGGGGCGGAGGGUUUUUUUUUUUAAGAUUUCGGGGUGGGGAUUGGGGUUUUGCGGUGGUGGUUUAGGGGGAAGGAUUGACGAGGCGACGAACGGGGGUAGGGGGAAGAGCGUCGCCGGCGUGGGGAGGGGGGUCUGUUGUGGCGGGGGUGGUGAGAUGGAGAAAGGGCCGAUGGGUGGUGGCAGGGAGGGUGGUUGGUGGCUGGGGUUGUCUUUUUUUUUUUUAAUUAGUUUCUUAAGGGUUUUUUUUUUCAACUAAUCACGUGGUGACACGUGUCACCUAAACCUGUUAUAACAGGUUGGGUAAUCGGUUGGGACCAUUUUGAGCGAAUGACCUCCAAAUUUCGGAUUAUUUAAAAAUAAUCCAAAGUUGGGAUUAUUUUGAGUAAACGAAUAAAAGUUGGAUUAUUUUUACCAAUUUAUCCUUUAUCAUUUUCCAUUAAAUAUCCUUUGCGAUUAUUAAGACUUUGGAGAUGCUAUUGAAGUUGGACUGUUGGACGCUUCCACCUUCCAAUUAUUUCCCAUCGCAAAGAGAUGAUGCAGGAAGAACCCAACAAAGACGACGAAGAAGGACCCAGUUCCUCUACCUCCAACCCGAACCCGAAUCCGAAUCCAUGUCCCAUCUGCCUCGGACUCAUUACUCAAGACUCCUAUUUGGAUCGCUGCUUCCACAAAUUUUGUUACAAUUGCAUAAUUCGUUGGACUCAAGUAGUUUCAAGCAGGUCUUCUUCAUUUCGCCAACCAUCCUCCAUUAAGUGCCCUUUAUGCAAGACCGAAAAUAUUUCUAUCAUCUAUGGAUAUGAUGGAAGUACAUUUCAACGGCAUUAUAUUGACCAAAAUAAUGGUAAUAGUGCCUUCUUUUCAAAGGAUCACAAGUAUAGACUACAGUGUUACUACACCGAACCAGAAUCAGGUCUUUUAAGUGAUGCAUUUAAAGUGGAGCGCUAUUGGAAGUCACACAAGUAUCUUCAGCCCAAUAGCUGGCUUGAAAAAUGGUUGAAAAGGGAGUUACAAGCUCUGACACAGGAAGAGGAUGUUGAAAUCAUAAUGCAUCACAUACUCGGGGUGAUUCAGUCAUUUUCAAGAAGCUAUCACCCCAAAGGAAAAACACAUUCCCCGCAUCAAAGCAAGAAGAACUUAGGAUAUUGGUUGCUGAUGCUGCAAUGCCUUUCCUUACGGCUAGAACUAAGCGGUUUGUAAAUGAACUGGAGUUAUUUCUCGCCUCAGGUCUAACUGUUCAGGCCUAUGAUAGAGCUUAUCGAAAGUGUUUAGGUUGGAAGAAGCCUGAGGAAACCACGGAGGAUGAUGAACAAACUAGCAUGGAGCGUGAGCAAAUAGCUCCAUACCUAUAUUUUUUUGAUGAUAAUCAAUGAUAGCACCGAUCUAUUCUAUGUAACUCGGACCAGUUUUCUUGCUUUUAUGUGAUGCAAAAAUACUUGUCAGCUUCUUGUACAACUAGAUUAAUUCAUUCAAGCUUUUGUGCAGUUUAAUUGGUUAGUUUGUAUUAUUGUAUGAUUAUAUGAUGAUGAACUUUGGGUUUUCGCCCACAUGAUUAUAUAGUUGAUGGUUAUCUUUUGCUUCCAAA